CAAACCUUGCAAGACAGACAUCGAUCAUGUAUGACGACAAUAUGCCAGGAACUCUAGACCGACACCUUAAACCUGUUCUCGAAGAAUACUCUGAAGACGAGAGGAAAACAAGGCUCGGGCCUCUUAAGAAGGCAAUGAAUGCCUCCACCAAGUUAAGGUGUUCCUUGAGCAAGAGGGGUCGAAGGAGCAACAGAGUAAUGCCUGUCCCUAUUGAGGACAACAUUGAUGCAGAAGACUUACAGGCCGUGGAUGCAUUUCGCCAAGCACUUAUCUUGGAAGAAUUGCUGCCUUCAAAUCAUGAUGAUCAUCAUAUGAUGCUAAGAUUUUUAAGGGCCAGGAAAUUUGACAUUGAGCAAACAAAGAAAAUGUGGGCUGAUAUGCUCCAAUGGAGGAAGGAAUUUGGUGCUGACACUAUUAUGGAGGACUUCGAGUUCAAGGAAAUUGAUGAAGUCGUGAAAUACUAUCCACAAGGACAUCAUGGAGUUGACAAGGAUGGACGGCCUGUCUACAUUGAGAGACUUGGUCAAGUCGAUUCUACCAAGCUGUUGCAAGUGACAACAAUGGACCGCUACGUGAAGUACCACAUACGGGAGUUUGAGAGGACCUUUGUGUGUAAAUUCCCUGCCUGUUCCAUUGCAGCAAAGAAGCACAUUGAUCAGAGCACCACUAUUCUGGAUGUUCAAGGAGUGGGGCUUACAAGUUUAAACAAAUCUGCAAGGGAACUUAUCCAGUGCCUUCAGAAGGUUGAUGGUGACAAUUAUCCUGAGACCCUGAACCGUAUGUACAUCAUCAACGCUGGUUCUGGAUUUAGACUUUUAUGGAACACUGUGAAAUCUUUCCUUGACCCCAGGACAACUGGAAAAAUCCAUGUUCUGGGAAACAAAUACCAAAGCAAGUUGCUUGAAAUAAUUGAUUCUAGCGAGCUGCCAGAGUUUUUGGGUGGUAAGUGUACUUGUGCUGAUAAGGGUGGCUGUAUGCGUUCCGAUAGGGGCCCAUGGAAUGAUCCAGUCAUCUGGAAGAUGGUUCAAAAUGGUGAGGCCAAAUGCAAAAGGACAGCUUUGUCAGGCAUUGAGAAGGCAAGCUCAAAGAGAUGUGAUUCUCUCAACUCAAAAACUGUUCCAGAGGCUGACAUGAAGUCUCAAGUGAAGCAGCAAAAUUUAUCUCCUUUGCCUGAAGAUGUUGUAAUUACCAAAGAGUGCAAUAGGACCUAUGAGCAUGAGGACUUUAUGCCAAUGGUUGAUAAGGCUAUGGAUACAACUUUCACUAAAUCAAUUCAAUGUGAUAAAAUUUCCCCAAGCCAAGCUACAGAUAGCUUCCCUGUGCAUUACGCUUGCAGGGAUCUGGAUAGACUAAGCAAUCAAUUUGUUUCUGGAAUGAUGGCUUUUGUCAUGGGUAUUUUCACCAUGGUUCGAUUGGCACGAAACAUGCCUAAGAAACUGGCUGAGGUUGCCCACUAUGGAAGCCCUGUUUACUCCACUGGAAUGGUGAAUAAAGGCCACCAGUUGCCUGCACCAGCCAUUUCCAGCAAUGCGUACAUGACGAUGAUGAAGCGCAUGUCCGAAUUGGAGGAGAAAGUGAGUGUUCUCAGCACAAAACCGGCACUCAUGCCACCCGAGAAAGAAGAAAUGCUGAACACCACUCUCAACCGAAUCAACGUGUUGGAACCAGAUCUGUCAGCAACCAAGAAGGCACUUGAGGACGCCCUUGUUCGGCAAGAAGAGCUCGUAGCCUACCUUGACAAGAAUAAGAAAAAAAGGAAAUUUAGCCUAUUUUGUUGUUGGUGAGGUUAUCGGCGCAGGUGUUUUUCCAGGCAUAACGGGUGACCCGAAGCAGUGGCGGAC